AUGGAUAAAAUGAUAUUUUCGAGGAAUUCAACAAACGUUUUUCGGAUUGCGACGCGUUCUCACUUCUCUACGGAUCCCUCGCGUUCCACCCAAACAGAGCUCGUUCUCCUUCACGCCGGUCAACCAUGGAACGAGUUUCACGCAAGAGAAUUUCUCAAAAAUCAAUCGGCACUCAACUCGAGAUUUCGGAUGCCUAAUUUUGUGCAUAGCACAAUCGCCAAUGCAAAAAUGGCAAAUAACACGUUGAAAGGAUGCAUUGCGGCGUAUAAAGAUUCGCCGAGUAUCGAGACACAAGUCGAUAAAUUGGCGGGAAGAAUCGAGGAGUCACUGGAAACUGUGAUUCCGGAACACGGACCAUUUAGGGUGUCUAGACUGUUUCAGUUUGAUGAGACACCGUUUGCUCAGAAGUUACACGAGAUCAAAUCACACCGCUCGCAUCGCUACAUCUUCAUGCCCCUCUACCCACACUAUUCAACUUCGAACAGUGAGAAUCUUCUCGUGGAAACGGCGAAACUCAUCGAACAGACUUCGUCCCCAUUGGUUCGAGGGAAUCGAAACGUGGCGGGAAGUCGAAUCGAGCAGAAUUCCGACUAUUCGUAUGAUGUUCACGCCGUGUGGAGAUGGGAUAAUCACUCGAUUCUUGCUGAUUACUGGUCAACAAAAAUCAAGGAAUUUCUUCCAAAACUCGAUGGUGUGGUGUUCGCAGCGCCCAGGACGUUCUCCUGUAACUACGGUAGUGUCUACUCGACGUGUGAACGAACGAUGAGUCAACUUGGUGACGUCAUUCCGUGGAGACUCGGAUUCUACUCCUCAUGGGAUUCAUUCGAUUUGCCGGUGUGGAAUGGUGUUGGAACACAGAUUCAGAAGUUUAAGAAGACGUCGGAGGCUGCGAGAAUUGCGGUGGUACCGAUUACAGAUGUUAUUGAGACGUUUGACACGUUUUAUACGAUUCCGAAGAAGGUUGAGCAUUUGAAAAACGCGUUGGUCCUUCGACCAGACAUCGAAUCCGACAAACUAGUGCACGGAAUAUCGGAAAUCGUCAAAAACCUACUACUCGGGCGCAAGGAUCGUCAGUUGGAGGUGAUGGCGACGCCAAGGAAUCUCGCGAAUCUCAACGUUUUUUUGGAUUAA